AUGGGCAUAACAGAAGCAUGCUCCAGAUUCCUCGGGGACUUUUUACAAGCAUUCAAAUGCUCACAACCAAGCUCAGUGCCUCACAUUGAUCACAAUCAUAGUCCUAACUGCAAGCCACAGAACAUGCUCAAACUUGAUGACAAGAUGGUUCGUGCUCUUGUUGCUGUUUUUGGCAUGGAAAGCAAUGGAAGAAUCAAGAAGGAAAAUGCUAAGAAGGUUGUGGAGAAGCUUGGUUUGAUAUAUGGUUGUGAGGAGGAGAAACCCAUAUCAGGAUUUGAGCUAAGUGAGGGUAGCUUGCAAGAUGAUGAAGUGCCUGUGGAAGAGGUGCUUGGUGAAUUGGAAGACAUGUCAAAGCGCAGUGAGCUGUUACGUGAAGCCUUCAAAAUAUUUGAUGAGGAUGGGGAUGGAUACAUAGAUGCAAUGGAGUUGAAGAGGGUGCUUGAUUGUUUGGGUUUGGACAAAGGUUGGGAUAUGAAUACUAUUGAGAAGAUGGUGAAGGUUGUAGAUUUGAACUUUGAUGGCAAGGUUGAUUUUGGUGAGUUUGAAUUGAUGAUGGGAUAG